AAAAGGUUAUAAAAAGAUUUCCGAUUGGAAAUUCCAUUCUCGGUAAUUACCGUCAUUAUACAUGUUUUGAUUGAAAGAUAAAAACUUACACAUAUCCAAAGAUUGCUAUGCUUCUUAAUCAAAGCGUAUUUAUAAACAUUCACUCUCCUGUGCAUCGUUACAUGACCUCUCCAGUAUUUGAAACUGCCGGUAAAAUCAUUAUUUGGUAUGUGUCUAUGUUAUUAGCACGGAUACACACCAAAUAGCGAUUUUAUCAACUGUCGAAAGGUUGUUUUAAAGUGUCAGUUGUCAGCUGUUGUGCGGAGCACGUGCAUUAUCGUUCUUUAAGUUCUUUUUCAUUUUGACUUUUGUUAUCUACGUGGUGAUAUUUAAAAACGUAAACAGUAUUUAAAUAAUUAAUAACAUUAUCUAAUCUAUUUCAGCUUAAAUAGAGAUUUAAUUAGCGAUGGCGGAAAUAUCGUCCAAACGGGAUCUUAAUUCUAAGAGAACGUCGUACAUUGAUUGGGAUGAAUAUUUCAUGGCUAUAGCGUUCCUUUCCGCAAAACGGAGCAAAGAUCCCUGUACCCAGGUCGGUGCAUGUAUUGUUAAUAACGAUAAACGAAUUGUCGGCAUUGGAUAUAACGGAAUGCCCAUGGGAUGUGAUGAUGAUGAAUUUCCAUGGGGAAAGAGUUCUCGCAACGAUUUAGAUUCAAAAUAUCUUUACGUAUGUCAUGCAGAAAUUAAUGCAGUUUUAAACAAGAAUUCAAGUAAUGUUAAAAAUUGUACAAUGUAUGUUGCUUUGUUCCCAUGCAACGAAUGUGCGAAAGUAAUAAUACAAUCUGGCAUAAAAACAGUAAUAUACAUGUCAGAUAAAAAUGCUCAUAAAGUCGAGGCAAUAGCUGCAAAGAAAAUGUUUGACGCUGCUGGUAUAAAAUAUAGGCAAUAUAUUCCUAAAAAUCAGAAAAUAGAAAUUAAUUUCAGUGAUAUUAAUUGGAAUGAGAUGAGUCAAUUACCACAAACUCCUACAAAACCAGAAGAUUAAAAUUAUCAUAUCAAUCAUUAUUGUAUUAUUGUUAUAUGAACUAAUAUGAAUACUAAUUGUAUCUUA